AUGCCACUCCGUCUUCGAGUCGACGGAACCGUCUUUCGCGAUGGCCACAAUCGCGAGGUCACGCUACACGGAAUCAACGUAGCUGGCGAUGCCAAAUACCCCCUGAAUCCGGAUCAAUGCUCGCACGUCAAAGAGAAGUUUUUCGACGGUGAUGAUGUCUCUUUCGUCGGCCGGCCUUUCAGCCUCGAAGAAGCCCAUACGCAUUUCGACCGCUUAAAGAGAUGGGGAUACAACACAAUUCGUUACAUAUACACCUGGGAAGCCAUUGAACAUGCCGGUCCGGGAAAGUACGAUGAAGAGUGGAUCCAGCACACCAUCAAGGUUUUGCGCUUGGCCAAGGAGUACGGUUUUUACGUCUUCAUGGACCCCCACCAAGAUGUCUGGUCGAGAUAUACUGGCGGCUCCGGUGCUCCCAUGUGGACCAUCUACGCAUGUGGUCUGAAUCCUAAGGCUUUCCAUCAAACACAGGCUGCCUUUGUUCAAAACACAUGGCCAAACCCUGCCGAUUUCCCUAAGAUGGUCUGGGCUACCAAUUACCAACGUCUGGCCUGUCAAACUAUUCUCACACUAUUCUUUGCUGGCAAAGAAUUCGCCCCCAAAGCUAUUCUGGACGGAGUUAACAUUCAGGAUUAUCUCCAAGGCCAUUUCAUGGGUGCCAAUAAGAUCCUGGCCCAGCGCAUCAAAGAAGCUGGCGACCUCGAACACGACGUUGUUAUUGGGUGGGAAAGCAUGAAUGAACCGAACAGAGGUUACAUUGGUUGGGAGGAUCUUUCCAAGUGGCCAGCAGAUCAGAACUUGAAGAAGGGUCCGGCACCGACAGCCUUCCAGUCCAUGCUGACUGGUCUUGGUAGAGCUGUGGAGCAAGACACUUUCGACUUUGGCAACUUUGGUCCUUACAAGUCUGGCAGUGAGCUUGUUGAUCCUAAGGGAGAAAUCGCAUGGCUACCAGUGGACUACGACGAUUCCCGUUACGGCUGGAAGAGAGACCCUGAUUGGAAGCUUGGUCAGUGUCUAUGGGCUCAGCAUGGAGUUUGGGAUCCCAAGAACGACAAGCUUCUGAAAAAGGAUUACUUCUCCAAGGUACCAGUCUCUGGUGAGACAAUCACACACGAGUACUACACCAACAACUUCUGGUUGAGUCAUUACCGAGCAUACAGAGACACGAUCAGAAGCAUCUUCCCUGACACGAUCAUGUUCUGCCAGUCCUCACCAUUUGAGGUGCCACCUUCAAUCAAAGGUACCAAAGAUGACGAUCCGCAGAUGGUUUUCGCUCCUCAUUUCUAUGAUGGUAUCACCCUUAUAACAAAGAAAUGGAACCGAUUCUGGAACGUCGACGUGGUUGGCAUUAUGCGUGGCAAGUACCUAAGUCCUGCAUUUGCGGUCAAGAUCGGAGAGAGUGCUAUCAGGAACUGUUUCCGUGAUCAGCUCAAAUACCUGCGCGAAGAAGGAGAGGAGAAGAUGGGCGCUCGCCCCACCGUCUUUACUGAGAUUGGUAUCCCUUACGACAUGGACGAUAAAUAUGCAUACAAGACCGGCAACUACACGAGCCAAACGCUCGCAAUGGAUGCAAACCACUAUGCGCUUGAGGGAUCGGGAGUGGCAGGAUUUACUUUAUGGACCUACGUGCCAUCAAACACCCACUACUGGGGUGACAACUGGAAUGGCGAGGAUCUCUCCAUCUAUUCGGCCGACGACAAACAACUACCAACCUCCCCCGAGGUAGACAGCGCAACGUACAACCCAGAAUCGCCGUCAUACUCUGAAGGUAGAACAUCCGGAGACGCAUCAGUCAGCCCAUCAAUACUGAAGAGAACAUUGUCUGUAGAUCGAAUGAGCGCCUCACGAACACCGUCGGUCAACUCUGAGGGUGUUGGCAUGCGUGCAGCCGAGGCUUAUGUGCGACCCACUCAGACAGCGACACAUGGACGUGUUGUGUCUCACGGCUUCGACCUAAAGAACUGCGUCUUCCACCUGACACUAUCUGCGCCAAGUUCAACGGCAGAGGACGCACCGACCGAGAUCUUCCUGCCAGAGUAUCACUUCCCACAAGGCAAGACCGAGAUAGAGGUCCUAGGAGGAAAGUGGAAGAUCAGUGUAGACGAGACGCAAGGCGCGUCGCAGCAAGUGCUGAGAUGGUGGCAUGCAGCAGGCGAGCAAAAGUUGACGGUCAAGGGUCUGAAGAGACGACAGGGCACGGCGAUUGGGUCUGAAGCUGAAGCGGGAUACCUGGAUCAGUGCAAGGAGACUGGCAAGUCAUGCACUGUUAUGUAG